UCCCUCUUUCUUUCCCGCGUUCUGCUUCUCUCUCGCGCAGCUCCUUCCCUCUUUUCCUUCUUCCGUUAAAAGCUUCUUCUCUCCAGUCCCAAUCAAUAAAAACCCACCAGUCCAUCGCAACACCGUCACAGCUUUCACUCCUUCACUCCAUCUCCAUAUCUGGAGCCAGAACAUGAACCGAAAUAGUCUAUACUUCACACUUUGUGGUGAUGUUCAAUGGUGGUGAUGGCUUGAGGAUGACCAAGUGCUCAUGCAGUGCUUAUAUCUCCCGUUCAACGAAAGGUUUGAGAUCAUUGUUGAGAGAACAUGAUGUUUGUUUCUCUAUGCCUCUUUGCCAUUCCGAAGUAGAGCAAGCGACUACCGAAGAUUUGGUUGAGCUCUUAGAGAUUGUGAAGCAUAAUUUGGGCCAGACUCGGCGCUUGAGUUCCUCGUCUGACAUCGAUAAUAGCUCACAAUCUUUGUUGGUUUUCAAUGGCAAUAAGAGCGUACAUGGUUUAUAUGAUUUCUUGUUAAAUUAUAGAUCUUUCUUGACCUUCUUAGCUGGUAUGGAUGUUCCUUUAUUGUGUUCACCUGUACCAUUUCAGAAUGCUACUCUAUCUACUCCAGAGGUAGAGUGCAAGGAGUGGAAAAGAGCAAAUCAUCCUAAAGAAUCCAGUGAUGGUGGUGAACAUGUGCUCGGUUCAUCUGCUGGCCUCUACUAUAGCAUUGAAAUCAAGGAUGCAUAUCUUCCACCAUGGAUUAUAUGUAGUAUGUGUGCAGUAAUGGGUUCUGAAGGGAGAAGCUUCGAGGCAAGGUAUCAUAAGGGGUAGAUUCUCAAUUUAAUUUUUUUAUUUUUAAAUUAAGCUUUUCAAGAUUAAUUUUUAUUUUUUUGCAAAAAUUUAAUAAUAUAUAGGCUUUUCUAUUUAUUAAAAAAAAACGAAGAAAAAAGACAAAACUUGGUUUAGUGCGGAACCCAGAUUCCGG